AUGCUACCCAAUUCAUCGUCUCCUCUCUUUGCCGCCAAAAAACCCCUCUACACCAGUAUUUCCAGCUUGAGACAUAACCCCACACCGUCAUCCGACUCAGUCUCCGCACAAGGCAGUGCCAGGCUGGCCCCCUCUGUCUCAAGCACAUCGUCCUCAGCAAUCCUGGAAGCACAGGUGAAAACCCCGUCGCGUUUGGUCAUAAUCCUCACAUUCGUCGCAUCCAUCUCCGGAUUCCUCUUCGGUUACGACACAGGAUACGUGUCAUCUGUGCUCGUGUCAAUCCGAUCAGAUCUAGGCGGUACCCCCUUGACAAUCGAGAACCAGGAGUGGAUCACGUCUGGAGCCUCCAUCGGAGCAUUUUUCGCAUCUUUUCUCGCCGGGCCUCUCGCAGACUACUUCGGCCGACGUGCAACCGUGGUCACAUGCGACGUUCUUUUCGGUGCCGGCGGCAUUUUGCAGUUCACGGCAUCCAACCUAACCCCCAUGGUAGCCGGAAGGCUCAUCAUGGGCCUUGGAAUCGGCUUCGGAUCGCUCAUCGCACCUCUCUACAUUUCAGAGCUCUCUCCUCGCAAGUACAGAGGCAGGCUAGUCACUGUCAACUGCCUGGCAAUCACUGCUGGCCAGCUGGUCGCGUACGGGGCAGGGGCGUUUUUCCAGCGGGUGAAUUCCGGCUGGAGGUACACCAUCUUGCUCUCACUUCUUCCCUGCUGUGUCCAGCUCAUCACAGUCUUGCUUCUGCCCGACACCCCGAGGUACCUCAUCAAGGCGGGCCGCUUUGCCGAGGCGGAGCGUGUUCUAAGGCAGGUGUACACACGUUCGUCCGGCGAACUCAUAGACGGCAGCAUCGAGGAAUUGUCUGCCUUGAAUUCCGAGCAGCCGUCGAGCACGGGCUUUUUUGGCAGUUUACUCACCUCCACGAGGCUGUUGCUGGGCUCUCCAUCCAAUCAAAGAGCCCUCUUUAUAGCCUGUGGACUCCAGGCUGCCCAGCAGUUCGUUGGCUUCAAUGCAGUCAUGUACUUCGCAGCGACAAUCUUCAAGAUGCUGGGCUUUGCAAACUCCGCCACUGCCAGCUGCCUGGUUGCUGCAACCAACUUUAUAUUCACCGGGCUGGCGUUCCUUACCAUCGACAGGGUGGGAAGAAGACGCAUGCUACUUUUUACGAUGCCUGCUGUGUGUGUCUUCCAGAUACUGUGUGCUGUUGCUUUUCUGGGCAUCGAUGUUGAUGUUUUGCAAGCAAGUAUGCAGCUUACAGUGGAGCCGAAAGUGGAGCCCAUAGUAAAGCCUACAGUCAAUCCUAUAGCAAAGUUUACACUCAUUCCUACAACCUCCACCUUUACAGUUCUCUCCUUGAUCGGAUUCGUCGCCGCCUAUGCCUCCGGCCUCGGAGUUGUUCCCUGGCAGCAAUCGGAGAUGUUUCCGCAGUCGGUCCGGGGCCUCGGAUCCGCCUUUGCCACUGCCACCAACUGGUUCGGGUCAACAGUCGUCUCCGCGUCCUUUCUCACGCUCAUGCACAUCCUUACACCGCCAGGCACCUUCCUCCUCUACGCCGCCGUAACUGCACUCUCCGGCAUCGCAGUCUACCUCACAUAUCCUGAAUUGGGCUCUCUGCAGCUAGAAGAGAUCGGCGUGCUGCUCCGGAACGGCUUCAACGUCCGUAAAAGCGUCGAAGUACACAGAGAAAGACUGGCGUAA